AUGGGGAAAUUUCAACCGGUGGAAGGUGCUGGCGAUAGAGCCUUUAACCUGGAUGGAAGCAAUUUCCAGUUUUUGUACCUCAAAGUGGUCUCCGUACACACGGAUGUUCUCGGCAAAGACGCCAUAGACGCCGGCCAGCAACACGUACUGCAUUCGAUACGGAGAGCCGGACUGGCAAGGAUUGAGUGUGCCAAGAAACAUAAGAUUGUGACCAGGUGUACAGCCUGCAUUUCAGUGCUGAGGACUGGCAAGACACCAAUUAACCGCCGGUGCUGGAGGACUUUGAUGGACGCAUCCAGGCUAAGGCGGAUACCAUCCGGCGCCUUCUCGACGGCACCUUUCACCACCCUGGAGAGCCUGAACAGCACCAACUUGGAGCUGUGUGGUCGGGUGAUAGUGAACUUGGUGGUCGAAGUCCAGGAGCGGCAUGGAGCCGCGGUAAUGCAGCCGGCACCUGUGCGGUUCAUGGCACGCAUUGUGGGCGUGGCAGAGCUUCUGACGCUCAAGCCAAACUCAGUCCGAGAGUAAUUUUAAACUUUCUAUGUUAUUUAUUUUGCUGCGAUAACAUUAAUGACAUUUUAAUUUGUAUUACUGU